UUAUCAUUACCCCCCACACUGUUUGUUGACUGCAUCUGUCUGCGUCGGAAUAUAUCGUCUGCGCUCGCCAGGCGGUAGUGAAUUUCGUAAACUUGGAAUCUAAACGCCCCAUGUUAAUCGCGUAAAGAUCACUUUUGGAUCAGAUGCACAUAUGUUCACCAUGAUUGUGAGUUAUUUGUCAAAGUUAUUUUUCUCCUUGCUUUGGAGUAUCAUUUCGAUUCUCGGACGAUCAUCUUUACACGUGCCGUACGUUCACUAAGAACGAACGAUCCAAGAACGCCUUGAUUUUUAACAUGGUUGUCUGAAUAAAAGGAAACUGAUAUGUCUCACCUAUUGAAGGAUUGUGAUGUGAACUAGGAGGACUGAAAUAAGGAAAACUACCAAACAGCUGGAAUAUACCCCCAGGAUGGUAAUGGACUUGUCGAGGAAUACCUUGGAAAUAAGUACUACCGUUUUGAUUGGAUUUUUCAACGCACUACUGUUGAAAUGCAUUAUACGUGACGAAAUAUUUAAUUGAGGAUUGAACCAAUUACAUGCACUUGUUGCUGUAAAUAUUUGAUCAGGUAUGUUCUAACGUGACAUCUAGCCAGCUGGAUUGGCUAAAUCAAAAACGCGAGUGUGAUGUAAAAGGAACUCAGGUUGAAAUUCAGAACGUUUGGAACACCUUAGAAAAUGUUCACCUGUGCGCUACCUCAUCCGUUAUUAUAAUCUUGUGUCCGCUCCUACUCAUCGUUAUGGAAACGUUGGAGUUGGCGGUUAACGUCUUAGGCAACUUCUGGUUCCAGUGCUCCAUGGUUAGUAAGGUCCACCGGUAGCCAUGGAGAGUUUAGAUGAAUCUCUGAACGUCUCUGACACACAUCCCCAUAGUCCAUCUGCAACGCGUGUUCUUCUGGUCUGUUUCUUGUACCUGCCUUUUGCCGCUCUGACGGUGACGGGGAAUAUUUUUGUUCUUGUCGCGUACAAACGGGAUGAGAGGAUAAGGAAGAAUACAACCAAUACAUACAUCCUCAAUCUGGCCAUUGCUGACCUACUUGUGGGGAUGGUCAUGCUGAUUAACACACCAAUGUACGUCACUGACGAUUGGUAUUUUGGGAGAGUUUUUUGCAUCUUCGUCUGGGCGAUCGAUUUUACGUCAACCGACAUGUCAGUCAUCACCAUCAUCGCCAUCAGUCUGGAUCGAUACUUAAUGGUGAGGAAUACUAUUCGACAUCGUUUCCAUCAGUCGAGGAGGCGUAUAGCCCUGGCAUUCGUCGUUAUUUGGCUUCUGUGCCUUCUUAUUCACAUGUGUAUCGCAUUCAUUUACUCUGCAAGGACACAGUACAAGUACCUGGCAUAUCAAACGUGCAAUCUGGAAUAUAGGCGGAACAAGACUUUGGUUAUAUCUAUGUUCUUAGUAGAGUUUGUUGUACCUGUGACGUGCCUCUUUCUACUGAACACGAAAGUAUUUAUACACAUACAUCGGCAAGGAAGUAGGAUAAAACUACACCAACGCCAGAAAACGAAAACAGUUGAUUAUAAUAUUAACUUAGGAAAGGAUAAGGCGAGUGGACUUUACGAAACGAAUACAAUUCAUUUAACAUCAUACAGGGUGCUGUGUAUCCGAAAUGGAACAACUUACGAGCUACCAACUGGCGUGGACACAGCCGAUGGGUCGUCAUACGCGCAGACGAUACUAACGGUUGACCUCCGCGAGCAGACGCCCGCGCGUAGCAGAGACAAUGAAAUACGCGUCCAUCGAUUCGCGAGUGCGCAUUCGCGACACCACAAAGCAGCCAAACUUCUUACCGCCUUACUCAUCGUGUUUAUCAUUAGCUGGCUCCCGUACUAUAUUUAUGACUGCAUUGUUCUUAUAAAUGGAGAGGAACCAGCGGACGAGGUCGUGACCCAGGUAUUGACCUUUAUACUCUGGGGAAACUCUGCCAUUAAUCCCAUAUUGUAUGCUUUCACUAAUAUUCAUUACAAGCAGAAUUUCAUGCAGUUUCUACAUCUUAGGAAAGGAAUGCACGUCAUACAUGAAAGGCCUACGUAUCACUGACCAUUUCUCCAUUAGCUUAGUAGGCAAAAGGUUUACCAAAUUGAAAAUUAAGUAAUUUGACAGGGUAUUCAAUUAUUUCUACGCCAAAAGGAAAUGUAACAAUAUCAAUUCAUAAAACGCUGAUACUAUGCAUUUACAUCAUUCUACUGCGCUGCAAUAUUUCUUUCUGUGCUGAAAACUGUUAUAAGCUGUUAAAUGAAAAGAUAUGAUCUUAAGUUUUUAUUUUAACCUAUCUACAGUACUGUUGGUGAUUUGAUACUAUUCACAUACUCUUUCCAGUACUACUUUUAAAUAAAUACAUGUAUGUGCUAGAUGCAGCGAAGUACUUCUCUUUAUGACUUGUGACAAAUAAGUGUAAAUGCACAGCUUUUUAUAUUUUACCUGGAUAAAAUUUUUAAAUGUUGGUAAUUUGUAUUUCCAGAUUAUAAAAUUAUUAACAAAGUUCCUUUGCACAAAGCUCCUACAUUUCGUUGGUAAAGUGAUUAAGCUUCGUUUAAAAUGUUUUCCCGCCUUUCACAAACGCUUUAUGGCAGUUUGGGACAGUAUGGCUUUAAGAAUAAAUAUAUUUAAUAUCAUUACAAUCAAAUUUAAGAAAACAAAUUAUUCAUGUGAAUAGAUUUAAUCAUUCCUAGAAUGUACGUAUAUCAUGAGAACUAUGAUCCCAAUGCAUUACCAGUGUCUCAUGUGUACUACACCUGGGAGGUGUUUAACAAAGAUUAGGAUCGACUUUGGGUGGACUUGAACUAUGGCAGGCCAUUAAAACUACUGGUUGCUCUCACCAUUGGUCUGUCAAGGGACGUCAGAAUUCAUAUUUUGGAUACGUGAUUAUUGGAGGAAAAACAUUAUCUAAAGAUAAUAAUUUCUAAGAUUUCCUCCUCUAACUUUACAUAUCGUUCAAUACUUUUGAAGGGCAUAAAUCACCUGCCAUAGUUCAAGUCCAACUUAAGUUGAUAAUAGUCGUUGUGAAACACCCCCCCCCCCCCACAAUCCUUUCUAGUGUAGAAUGUAGCUUAAAUACAAGCACAUGACCUUAUUUAAGGGUAUGUGUUAAAUAUUGCCAUCUCUAGGCCAGAUUAAAAAAAGACGACA